UAUGCGCAGGUUCGGAGGCGGUACGCCUCGUACCCAGUUCCCACUCCACCGUUGCCCGCAACGCCACCAGUGGCAGCAACACCGCCAACACUGGCAGCAGCACUGGUUACGCUGACAGCGCCACCAGCACUGGCGCCAUCGCCGGAGGGAUUAAUAGCAGCAAGCCCACCAGGACCAGACCCAAGGGAAUGGUAUAUGUUGUCCCUUUUGCCUUUUUUACUCGACAAAUUGUGCCAAAGAAGGUGCAGCCAUUCGAUACCAUUGUGUUUUUGAACGCCGGAUUUGCCACCAGAAAGAAGCUUUAUCAAUAUCCUUCAAAGUUCGCCUUUGAAGUCUGUGAACCCGGAAAGAGGUUAUACAAAUUCACUUACUUGGGCCAGGGAUUCCG